AUGUCGGACAUUUUCAGACAGACUGUACGAAACGAGCCCAUUGUUAAGGCAGCAAUCAUUGGAGACAUACCCAAGCUAAAAGAUCUACUUCAGCAGCCUGGUGUUAAUGUCAAUGUCAGAGACGGUAUUGGAGACACAGCACUCUUCGCCGCUGUCUGUCAUGACAGGGUCGAUGCUGCAGCCCUCCUACUUGAAGCGGAAGCAGAUCCCAGUAUCCAGAGCUUUGACUCGUGGGCAGCUCUUCACGCCGUGAGCCGUAGCGGUAACGAAGAAAUGGCUGCCACACUUCUAGACUGGAAAGCCAACACUGAGGUCGUGGAUGAAGCAGGCUGGACUCCGCUUCACGUGUCCAGUCUCUAUGGGACCAAUCUCAUCGCAGAUCUUCUGCUUGAGCGAAAAGCAAAUCCGAACGCGCAAGCGUUAGACGGUCUAACCCCUCUCCACACUGCAGUGGACUUCGGACACAGAGACGUGAUCCUGAAUCUCAUCAAACAUGGCGCCCGGCUAGAUGCCAGAGACUAUCACGGACAAACACCACUUCAUAUAGCAUCUAUGAAGAGGCCGUUUCCUCCUCCUGUAGCCCUCCUGCUAGAUCUCGGGGCAGAUCCUAAGCUAGCAGACGAAAAAGGAUAUACAGCUCUUCAUUUUGCGGUUGAAGCGGGCCAUGAUCCAUCCCUGGCCGUUACUCCCCUGCUCCAAAGAGGCGCCGAUCCGAAUACUGCCACCACUGGCGGCUGGACACCGCUUUUGUCGGCGGUUCAUCAGAUGACUAAACCAGGCGACCAUCGCGAGGCCAUCCUCGAGACCUUACUCGAAGAAAGUCUUACUGAUACAAACCGCAUAUCAACCAUCUCUUCUGGCGGUACAACACCCCUGAUUCUAGCUGUUCAGGUCAGAAGCCAGCGAGCAGUUCAACUUCUCACAGACCAUGGUGCAGACAUUGCCCUUCCAGUAGAGAGGGACGGGCAGCGUAUCACUCCUGCUCUCCAAGCUGCCGCGUGCCAUAACCCAGAAGAGGUCGAGAUCCUUCGGUACCUGCUCGCGGAUGAAAAUGCCAAGGAUAAGAUGGAGGGCGACAUCAGCCUGGCCCAUAUCACUGCCCUUCAUGGGCACAUUGACUCUCUGCGACUCCUGCUCGGAUACGGUAUAGAUGCCAACGCAGCUGACGUGGAGGGAAGAACACCAUUACACUUUGCCGCACACCAUAGCCACCCGGAGUGUAUCUCGCUUCUUCUAGCACACGGGGCAAACAUCAACGCCAAAGCCAGCAACAGAAGCACCCCCCUACAUGAAGCCGCGAGCAACGCAGAUGAAGAGUGUGUCCGGCUGCUACUAGAUGCAGGGGCUGAUAUGUUGGUUAGAUGCGAAAGAGGAAGCUUGCAGUCACCCAUAGAUAUCAUGAGGGAGAAGCUCAAAUUGGAGGAGGAUGAGAAUGUGCAGAAAAGGUAUCUAUGCAUUUUGACCAUCAUGAUAGAAACCCUGGCCGAGAGAGAUCCGCGAGUGGGAGAGGUUUCGCAGGAUCGACGAGAGGGUUGGAGUAUUGAAGCACUGCAGCAAUUUAGUCUGUCUGGUGAGGACGAGAGACCACGUCGGCCAACAGUAGCAGAGCUCAGGGAAAGAUAUCAGCCGAGGUUUAACACAGAAGCAGGACAUCAUUAG